AUGCAGGGUGGAGGAAAGAAAGCCGGAGAGUCUAUCAAAGAAACAGCUGCUAACGUUGGUGCUUCAGCCAAAUCUGGUUUGGAGAAGACCAAAGCUAACGUCCAGGAGAAGACUGAGAGGAUGACGGCACGUGAUCCCUUGGAAAAGGAGUUGGCAACACAGAAGAAAGAAGAAAGGGUUUCCCAGGCUGAGCUGGAUAAGCAGGCGGCGCGUGAACACAACGCAGCGGCAAUGGCUGGGAACACCUUGGGACAGGGUCGACACCACACCACUGGAACCGGCGGAAAUCCGAAUGCCACCGGGUAUGGAACUGGCGGUACUCACCGGUUGUGA